GCUCCCCGCCAGCGUCCCGGCCCUGCUUGUCGGCUCCGGACAGACGACGGGCGGCUCGCAGAACGCGCCUCCCGAGGGCAGUGCCCAGGGACCAGGCCGAGACCCGUCAGUGAAUCCCGCCAUCUCCUGGGGCCGCUGUCCCGGAGGGCUUCUCGGAGGCGGCAGCCUUGGCCUCGGGCCUGCCAGAGGCGGGCGACGGGGCGGGGGAGGCGAACAGCCCGGCAGCCCUUGGAGCCCCAGUACGCCGGCCUGGCAGGGCUGCUGCGACCCAGAGCGGGGCCCCUUCUCGGCAGGUGGCGAAGGGGCUAGGGCGAGGGCCCCGGGAAAGGCAGUGUUGCCCAGUUUCUCUCCUUUGUGUUUCGCCUCUGACCCUGGGGCUGGCAAGAGAGCACCGGCUACUGGCGGCUUCUUUGCACCCCUGCGAUGGCAGCCAUUCUCUUGAAGGCCAGACCCAAGGUGCCAGUAUCUUUUGAAGAUGUGUCUGUGUACUUCACCAAGACAGAAUGGAAGCUUCUGGAUCUCAGACAAAGGAUCCUCUACAAGAGAGUGAUGAUGGAGAACUAUCGCCAUUUGGUGUCACUGGGAUUUUUAUCCUCCAAGCCUCACCUGGUGUCUUGGCUGGAACAAGGGGAGGGGCCCUGGGCAGCAGACAUCUGCAGAACACCGGCUGCCACGGGGAGGCAGACAGGUGACAGGAUAAAGAACAGGACAUCGAUUUCCAAGCAGAAGCAUUGCCUGAAAGAACUCACAAGGACCGGUCUUUGGGCCGGGAACAAGAGCCAGGGAGCCAGGCCACGAGGGGAGAUGCUUGAGCACAGAGUGAAACAGGCUUAUUCUCCACCGGCAGGUUCCAGCGAGAAAGGCCGAAGCAGCUCUGCAGGUGAGGGAAGAGAGAUGAGGCAGAGCAGUAGCCACACUGGUAGGCAGGAGUCAGUGCCAAGGCCACAGGGUUCCAAAGGCGCCGAGAAGCGAUACCUGUGUCAGCAGUGCGGGAAAUCCUUCAGCCGCAGCUCCAACCUCAUCAAGCACCGGGUCAUCCACAGCGGCGAGAUGCCCUACGAGUGCUCCGAGUGCGGGAAGCUCUUCCGGCGCAGCUUCGCGCUCCUGGAGCACCAGCGCAUCCACAGCGGCGAGAAGCCCUAUGUGUGCAGCGAGUGCGGGAAGACGUUUACACGCAGCUCCAACCUCAUCAAGCACCAGAUCAUCCACAGCGGCGAGAAGCCCUACGCGUGCUCCGAGUGCGGGAAGCUCUUCCGGCGCCGCUUCGCGCUCCUGGAGCACCAGCGCAUCCACAGCGGCGAGCGGCCCUACACGUGCAGCAGGUGCGGCAAGGCCUUCAGCCGCAGCUCCAACCUCAUCGAGCACCAGCGCACCCACAGCGGCGAGAAGCCCUACGCGUGCAGCCAGUGUCUGAAAGCCUUCAAGGGCGUCUCCCAGCUCAUCCACCACCAGCGCAUCCACAGUGGGGAGAAGCCGUUCCAGUGCAAAGAGUGUGGGAAGGCCUUCCGGGGAUGCUCGGGUCUCAGUCAGCACCAGCGGGUCCACAGCGGCGAGAAGCCCUACGAGUGCAGUGAGUGUGGGAGGACCUUCAGCCGGCGAGCCAACCUCUUCAAGCAUCAGGCUGUUCACCGCCCGGGGAGGCCGGCCGAACGUCUCGACCGCGGGAGGGUGUUCCCGAGCCGCGCCGUCCUCCCGGAGCACCGGCAGGCGCACGCCGGCGAGCAGCCGCGCGGCCGCGGCGANGAGGGCGACAAAGUCCAGGGAGACUCGGAACGCGCGGCCGCCGCCCGCGCCGUCUGA